AUGGAAAGCCACAGGAUUGAUCUGCAGACCCCGUCGUCCCUGCGCCGUCACCCUGAAACCCUCCCGGGUAACAGGACGGACUCAGAUGUGCCAAAGCCACAAGGGGUCGCCGACAAGUCAGAAGCCGCGGCUGUAUGGACCGAACCCAUAGCGGACCUCAAGUCCGAGAAGGAGAAACGGGGCGUCGGCCUCAAACGCAGCCAAAUGUUUCGCAGCACGCCUGGCGCUCACCAUGUUGGACAAACACGCGAGCAACAGAAGAUCACCGGGACCGGGGUGACGAGAGCGGCAGGAGCAGAAAAGAGCCAGCACUGUAACUGGGACGACCGGGAUUUGAUUGUGAAGUCCACGUCGUCAGUUCCUUUAAGCCACGGCAACAGCAGCAAGCAAUCAUCCCAGGGGCACGACCAGGCCGCGCCCCGGACACCGGAUGUGCUCAGCUUCCUUGAGAACGACUCGCCUCCGGUGACCCAGGAGAGCAUACUCCAGGCGAUCGCCCAGGCGUCAGAGAACUGGUCGCCGCGCAGCAUCUCCUCCUUUGGAAGCCUCGGCAGCAGCAGGCGAAGUGCGUCCGGAACCGACACCACGACACCGGAUCAGAGCAUCGACGGCGGCACUCGGCCGUCCACGGCUUCAGAUCCCUCAGCGUCGCGGGCGCGUGCAAACAGCGGCGAGAAGCCAACAUGCCGUCCCCGCCGGCCACAGCCGCACCCACACUCGCACCCACGCUUAGAGGGCGAGGUGCACGAUCGGUACGGCACCCCUGAGAUGGCGAGGGGCCCGGCCAAGCACCCCCACCUCGCGCCCAGCGAGUUGCAACCACGGCUGGUUGCGCCGGGACAAGGCUAUCCGAAGUACCUCCCGCGGGCCGAGAAACUGCCCAUGUCGGGCUACGAGCUCCUGGCUGCGAAGCUGUCCAGCUCGGGCCUGACCUCGAGGUCGAGACGGGGAUCAGGGGGGACGAGUACCUCGUCAGAGGGGGACGACGAAUACCCAACCAUCCGGCCCAUCUACCGGAAGUUCGAAGCGCUCAACCACCGGCUGCUGCUGCAUCUGCAGGACGAGCUGAGCGAGCUGGAGGAGCAGCUGCACCGGCUGGACACGGCCGACACGCAGACGCGCCGGCUGCAGAACUGCAUCCUGCCCGCGUCGCGGCGCGCCGAGUUCAUGGCCGGCGGCGAGCUGCAGUGGCGCAAGACCGACAUCCUGGGCAAGAUCGGCUUCAAGCUGGGGCAGUACAACCACGCGCUCGAGUCCUUCACCAAGACGCUGCGCCUGCCAGCCCCCUCCGCGGCCGCGGUCGAGCACUACCGCACCUACCUGGCGACGCACCACCCGAUCGCCGAGGUGGAGACGCGCUUCCUCGACCACCCAGCGACGGACCUGGCCUGCCUCGCGCCGGACACCGCCAGCUGCGCGUCUCGCUCGCCGUCGCCGUCGCCGUCGCCGUCGUCAUCGUCGUGGCGCGGCGUGGAGGACUCUGACGGACUGCUCACGCCCGUGCCGCGCCGUGGGUCGCCGGCCUCCUCCGGGAGCAGCGGUGCGUGCGUGGGUGAUGCGCCCGACGGCGCCGCCGCAAUCCACGCGACAAGGACGAGGAGCAGCAGUCCUGCGAGCAGCGGGAGCCGGGCAUCGUUCUUCCCGGAGUGGCGCACGCAACAGCUCGAACGACACCGCCCGCAGCAGCAGCAGCGGUUACUGACGCAGCAGCAGCAGCAUGCGAUCGCUGGCGGAACAAACCGAUCGCCACAAGCAGCGCCGAGCAUCUCCGCCUCCACCGCGGCGCCCGCACGCCCGCCAUGGCCGAGCGUAGACGGCACCACAACCCCCACCGCAACCGCAACCGCAACCGACCGCAGCCCAACGGCAACCGCAACCGACACCGACCGUAGCCCAGCGGCAGCCCAAACCGACCACAACCCAGCAGAUCUCGAAGCAGAACUCAAUCUCGAAACCCAAACCGCGAUCCUCGCCGCCGCAGCCGCGCUCGCCCCCAUCAUCACCUUCCGCGUCGUGCACGACUUUGUCGGGCGCGUCGCCGUCGUCGUGGUCGCGGGCCGGGCGGUGGCGGCGCUGACGCGCAGGCUCCGCGAGAUACUGAUCCUCAAGGGGGGGAGGGCCUCAGCGGCUGCGGGGGACGCCGGGUCGGCUGCUGCUGCGGCUGCGGCGACGGCUGCGGGAGGUGGUUGGCAUGUUGUUGUUGCUUAUGGUUUGGUAAUGGUUGUCGUUGCGGCUGUGUUCUAA